AUUGGUUAUGGAAACAUGUAUCCAAGUCUCCUCUUUCUAAUGGUGAAAACCGCAGGUCUCUAUCUAUCUUCUACCAAAAGUUAUUCAAAAAGUGGCACUGUCUCUUGUAUUUUGGUAUGGAUAGUAGGACUAGCUUCUUUCUUUUCUUGCUUGUGAGUUACGAUAUAUUUUGCUCUUUUAAUUACUGCUUUAUAACUUCGCCCGUCAUAUAUUUAUCGGAAAAUAUAUUGUUAUAAGCGUUAUGUCAGUGGAAAAAAAUUUUAAUUACUAGCCUUUUAACCAUUCGACUAAUUAACGCAACCUUACGGACCUUCAGACCUUCUCUCUUGAAAUUUUUUCCGUCCUCCAUUUUCCUUUCCUCAUUGAAUACAAGCACUUUUGAUAAUCUUUAUUUUCGAUUAGUUCAUCUAUAAAGUGAAUGAAUGAGUGAAUUAACUGAUUCACCUAAAGUAAAUCAUCGCUCUUCCUGACUCUGCAGAUUUGAAAACGCAUCUUCACUGCGACUAAUAUUUUUCUCUCUUACAAACACGUCGGAAAGUGCAAAAAAGAUGCUUUUCCUUUCUUUCCGGUUUCUAGAACAAAAACAGUUUGAAAUAGAGAGUAGUUAUAAUUACUAAUGGGCGGGAAAGUAGUUGAUUUACAUCUAGUGAUUUACAAGUGUAGUUACGUAUGAAGGCUAUCUCACUCUAGGCUUUUGGGCAGGUAUGCAGAAAAGCCUAUAAUUCCAUUAAAGUUAAUUUUCUCAGCGAUUUUCUCCAAAUGUGUCCUCUUAUCUGGAGAAGUUCUUUUUGACGUUUCAACUGUUCACAUUGUUGAUGACCCCCAAAAAAUGUCAUUUUUUCGCAUACUGUAAGAGAAAUUCAGAAAGAACGAAAAAAGAAAAAAAAGAAAUUCUUAUGGAUGCAGAAUCGUUGUGUAUACCCUCUCUGUUAACACAAUAUUUAUAAGUACACGUUAUGUAAAGACUUCUAUGGUUAAAACUCGACUGAAAUUAAACUUUUAGAAAUUUAGAGUUUCUCAAAGAGAGCGAUAUUGAAAUUUCGUUUUUUAUUGUAGAUAAAGAACGAAAAAAGAUAACGAUGGCUGAAAUCGGUGAUCAUCAACCAUUUCAGUCUGAUACAACCGAUGAUAGUUGGCAAAAACAAAUUAGACCAACAUCUAAAGACUUUCCCAGUGACGAUGAAAAUGAUGACGGUAAUAAAAGUGAUGUAUGUUCAAAUGUGUCGACCGAUGAUGAUUUUUAUGAUGAAAUGAUGACAUUAUCAACAGAAAAACAAGAUCAUUUAAUUCCUGAUCGAUGUACCGAUCAAGUAGCUGCAUUAGAAAAUUUCAACAAAGUAUUUCAGCGUCGUUAUAAUUCUUGCCCGGUCAUUUAUAUCGGCUCGUUACAAGAAGCUGUUCAGGAAGCUUUCAAAGUACCAGUUUUCAAAGAUCGUCGUCCACUCUGCCUGUAUAUUCAUAAUGAUCAUAGCGUUUAUGCUAAUUUAUUUUGUUCACAGCUGCUUUGUUGUGAUAUUGUUAUUGAAUUUUUAUUAAAUAAUUAUGUGUUUUGGGCAUGGGAUAGUACAUUUGAAUCAAAUAAGAAAAUGUUUAUCGACUUGUGUCGUCAAGCAUUUGAUGCGAGCACAGCUGAUCGAUUUCGUUUGUUUAUGAAUAGUGUUGAUUGUUUCCCGUUGUUAGCUGUAUUCUAUCACGAUAAAUAUGGUGAAUAUGUCAUAUACAAAGUUGUUGAUGGGAAAAAAGUUUCUCUUGAUGACAUUGUUCAAGGAUUAAUAAGAGCCAAAGAUUUAUUUGAAAAAGGAGAACAAGACAUGGAAAAUUAUAAACUGCUUCCAAAAGAUGAGAUUUCAAUUCCAUUUUGUCAAUUUGGCAUAGAUAUGCAGACGAGUAGACAUCCUUCACAUCAAGCUUUUCCGCAAAAUAUGAAUCACAAAAUGGGUUUUCAAGUAUCUAAACAUCAUUUUAGUAUUAUGUCCCAAAGUUCUCUGUCAUCGAAUAGACAGUAUGGUAAUACAUUUUCACCAAGCAAUUUCUUGAUGAACAGAAAUUUAAAUGAUGACGAAGCGGAAGACUUUGACGAACAAGCGUUAGAUAACGAAGAUAUACCACAGAGACAGCACCAGCAAAAAGUAUAUAAUGAACAACAAAAAUCCGAUAAACAUGACGAUGAUGAUGAUGAUAAUGAGGACGAUGAUAAAACACCUAUAAAAUCAUCUGUUUGUUCAAUGUCAGAAUCACGUGAACAAAUUUUAGCGGAUUUUCAGGCAUGCACUGGACUGGAAAAUAUGGAAGAAUGUAUUCAUUGUUUAAAUCAAUAUGACUGGAAUUUAAUGAAUGCUGUACUUGCUGUUAAUCAAACAAUUGGUUCAUCUGGUACUGACAAUUUAUCUCCUCGAACAGCGGCUGCAAUUGCAGCAACCACCACCACCAUGCCUACAACUUCCCUUUCUAAGAAUACAAUUCUUAAAAUUCCUUCCAGUGACGACGAUGAAGAAGAACUGAAGGUAAUUAAAACAUAUCCAAGUAAUUCGACGACAACUCGUCGUUCAACAACAGAAGAAACAUCAUCGAAAGCAAAUAAAACUGCAUCGUUUUCUGUUACAUCGUUGAAAACACGUAAUUCUGGUGGUCGAACCAGGGACUUACGCUUUAGUGUUGAGUAUGGUGAUAGAACAGAAAAUAUAACAAUAUCCGAUCAAGACACUGUGUUUCAAUUAAAAGAAAAGAUUGCAAGAAAAUUAAAUAUACCAGCAAACAAACAAAAUUUUCUAAACUGGAAGCAUCGCCAUGAUGAUAAUAUGCGUCUAAAAGAGUUUAAUUUACCAACAGAUAAUGACAUACAUUUAGUAGCUAGUACAACAUCAACGAUAUCACAAACAAAUAGGCGACACGACAAUCAUACAACACCAUCAUUUUCUAAUUCUGAUUUUCCAAUAACAGUUUUAUGUAAUGAUAAAUCUGGACGAUCGAUUCCUUAUGAUUUACGCCUACCAGAAAAUACGACAAUCGCAGAGAUAAAAAAGAGAAUUGAACAACUUACUGAAUUACCAGUAAAAGAUCAAGAAUGGAGAGGCUUAAAUGGCAGCAAAGAUACGGACCCAUUAUAUUCGAGUGGUAUUAAACCAAAAGCGACAUUAUUAGUCCAACGUACAGCUAUUUCGCCAGUGAAAAUUGAUUCGAAGAAUUCACAUGCGUCCAAUAACAGUGAUGAUGAACAUUCAGUAAUGGAAAUUGAAGAUUCUGAUAAUACAUCAUUUGAUGACGUUAUGUUCACAUCGACACGUGAACCAUUGAUACCUGAUCGUUGUACGAACGAAUUGAGUGGUCUCGAAAAUUUUAUUCGUGUAUUUCAAAAACGUUAUAUGACAUCUGGUCCAAUAUUGUACAUGGGGUCAUUAGAAAGUGCUAUACAAGGUUCACUUUAUUCACCUAUUGGACAACGUCGUCCAUUAGCCAUUUAUUUACAUCAUGAUAGAAGUAUAUGUGCAAAUGUAUUUUGCUCUCAGGUACUUUGUUCAGAUACAAUUGUCGAAUAUUUGGAAAAUAAUUAUGUUCUAUGGGCAUGGGAUUUAACAUUUGAUUCAAAUCGUAUUAGGUUUAUAGAAUCAUUGAAAAAACAUGUUAGUACAGCUUAUGCUACGCGAUUUCAUACGAUGGAUAUUGAAAGUUUCCCGUUAAUUGUAAUUGUUGCAAGACAACGUGGAAAUCUAGAAGUAAUUAAUAUUAUCGAAGGAAACACAACACCCGAUGAAGUAUUGAAUAAUCUUAUACAAUCGCAUGAAAUAUUUGAAGAACAUCGAAGACGAGAUCUAAAGGAAGAGACAUCACGUGAAACACGAGAAAACUUAAAACGUCAACAAGAAGAAGAAUAUAAAGCAUCAUUAGCUGCAGAUUUUGCCAAACAAAAGCAACGGAUUGAAGAUGAAAAAAAAGUUAAAGAACAAGAAUAUGCUGAAGAACAUGAAAAAAACCAACGACUGGCCAUACAAAAACAAUGUCAAGCAAAAUUACCAGCUGAACCAAAUGAAAGUGAUAAAGAUAUAACAAAACUAAAGAUACGUUUACCAGACGAUAAAGACACACUCGUAAGACGAUUUCGAAUCAAAGACACAUUACAAACAUUAUUUGACUAUCUGACGAGUAAGGGUCAUAUGUUUGGUGAAUAUAAAUUAUUAUCCAUUCAUCCUCGACGAGAUUUAACAGCGUUGAAUAAAUCAGAUACACUGGAACAAUGGAAAUUAUAUCCGCAAGUUCAGUUGAUACUUGAAACAUUGUAA